AUGAAGACGCUGAAUCUCUCCUCGGACGCUUCCAAGUGGGAAUGGCGCCAGUCGCCGGUCAAGGCGCUCAGUUCGCCCGAGCAGAUCGUCGGCGAAAAGGCGCUCGAGUCGGGCUGGACCACGUGUGUGCAGAUGCCGUCCAUGAUCCAGGUCGAGCUCUUGGCCGUCGGAAAGAUCCCCGAUCCUUACAAGAAGUGCAACGACGAGGUAAGCGCCCCGCAAAUGCCCUUCAUUUUGUUGUAGAGCCGUUUCUGGGAACCUCCGAGUCGGCCCCCGCCCAAAAGUGGGGGUGCGGCCCUACGAUUCGAGGCGAUGUUCGGCCCAGUUCACACGCCUACUGGCCAAGUGCUGAUCACUCGCGCUGCGACGAUCGGCCUACAGCUCGUGCAAUGGGUUGGAGAAGAGGACUGGCUGUAUCGUACCAGCUUCAAGCUCGAACAAGCACCCCAAAAGAACGACAAGGUCGACCUCGUCUUUGAGGGCCUCGACACGUUCGCUACCGUCUUUUGUGAGUCGUACAGUGCCAGCGAGUCAAGGUGAAGAAUGCAGCCAGGACUGAUCUUGGGACUAUCUGGCUUAUAGUGAAUGGCAAGAAGAUUCUGGAGAGCGACAACAUGUUCACUCCCGAGCGGUCAGUUGGAAUACUCCUAGACAGCCGGCGGCAGGCGCUGCCCCACACACAUCCCGAAGCUGUGGCUCAUCACCGUCUCGGACAUGCCACCGUUUUCCCCCCAGUGUCACCGUCUCGGAACAGGUCAAGAAAGGGGAGAAUCACCUUGUGUUUGUCUUCACCUCGGCAGUCAUCAAGGGCCGAAUGAUUGAGCAAAAGGUACGUUGUCGUCCCUUUCGUUUGGACUUGUCGUGAUCGCCGACACGCUUGACUAAAGACUUCAGGCGCUUCUCUCUCUCUGACAUUUGUGUCAUGCAGCACAUGGGCAAGGGCAAGCACAUGCCUCUGUGGAACGGUGAUGCCGCUCGAUUGUUCGUCCGAAAGGCUGGUUACGGUUGGGGCUGGGACUGGGGACCGACCCUCAUGACCGCUGGUCCGUGGAAGGAAGUACGCGUCGAGAUCUUUGCCGACCGAAUCCUCGACUUGCACCCUGUCGCUCUGGUCUCGGAGAAGCUCGAUGCGACUCUUUCGCUCGAGGUCCAACUGACCAACAAGCAAUUGACGACCAACCUCACCGUGCUCGACCCUGCUGGCAAGGUCUUCAAAAAGGUCUCGACUGGGGGCAACUCGAGCGAGAAGGCUGAAUGGUCCUUGAAGGCCGACGAGAUCGAGCUUUGGUGGUCCGUUGGACUCGGUGCUCAACCUCUCUACACCGCCCAAUGUGAUCUCGUGUCCGAGGAUGGCAAGAUUCUGCAAACCGUGUCGAAGCGAUUCGGUUUCCGACGACUGCGCCUUGUCCAGGAGCCUCUCAAGGACCAUGAAGGUACCUCGUUUUACUUUGAGGUCAACAACGUCCCUCAGUUCUGCGGUGGUUCCAACUGGAUUCCCAUCGACAACUUCAUCACCAACGGAACCGAAGAGCGCUACCGCUCGUGGCUGCAACUGCUCAUCGAGUCGAACCAGAACAUGAUCCGCGUGUGGGCUGGUGGUAUCUACGAGCACGACUGUUUCUACGACGCGUGCGACGAGAUGGGAAUUCUUGUCUGGCAAGAUUUCAUGUUUGGAUGUGGAGCGUACCCCGCUUUCCCCGAGUUUGUGGAGAGUGUCCGACGAGAGGCCGAGGCUGCGGUGCUGCGCAUCCGUUCGCACCCUUGCAUGUCCCUCUACGCGGGUAACAACGAGGACUAUCGUAGGUCUUUUUCUCUUUAUCGGUUCCAAGCUCUGGAAUCAGACUACUGACCCAGGUGCACUCCUGAACAGAGGUCGCCGAAUCAUGCAAACUCGAGUACGACCCAGAGGAUCACACGAGCGACUGGACCAAGACGAACUUCCCCGCGCGUGAAAUCUACGAGCACACCUUGCCUAAGGUCGUAAACGCCCUCACCGAUGUCUUCUACCACCCUGGAAGUCCUUGGGGGGGCAAAGAUACCACGGACAAGACCGUGGGUGAUAUUCACCAAUGGAACGUCUGGCAUGGAUCGCAGCAGAGGUACCAGGAUUGGGAUCUUUUGAGGUGCGUUGAGUCGUUUCGGCUCCCGAAUGCGGAGGAAGCGAGACAUAAACUUACUCUCGCUGUGUUCUGUCUUAUACAGCGGUCGCUUCGUCUCCGAGUUCGGUAUGCAAGGUCUUCCCGACAUCCGAACUAUGGACGAUUUCAUCGAUGGCGACGAGUCCGAGCGCCACGUCCAGAGCCGAACCGUCGCUAGCCACAACAAAGCCGACGGGUACGAGCGCCGUCUCGAGCUCUACCUCGUCGAGAACAUCCGCCACUCGUUCAAAAUUGAGGAUUACGUCUUUGCGACGCAGUUCAUCCAGGCUGAGACCUUGUCGACGGCAUACCGAUUGUUCCGCCGCGAGUUCAAGGGCCAUGGCCGAGCUUACUGCUCUGGUGCCUUGGUGUGGCAACUCAACGAUGUCUACCCCUGCAUGUGAGUCGCAUUACAGCAAAUUUCACCUUGUUUAUCGAAGCUAGCUGACUCAAUCAUUGAAACUCAUUCCACCAUUCCCGAACUCCAGCUCGUGGUCCAUUGUCGACUAUUACCAACGACCCAAGCCUGCCUACUACGCGAUCAAGCAAUCGAUGGCACCCAUCGCCUGCGGUAUGAAACGCUACAACAAGCGCGAGUACCCCGAAGAUUUUAAGACAUCGGUCUUUGUCGAUUCUGAAUGGGUCGAGAUCUGGGCCGUCAACGGUCUCGUCAAGGAACUGCCGGUCACUCUUGUCGUCGAGGCGUUCGAGUUGCUUUCGGGUGAAAAGAUUUUGGAAGAGUCGACGGACUUCAAUUUGGCCGCGAACCAGUCGAGCGAGUUGAUCAAGAAGGACGUCCCAAAAUACGACAAAAACCCCGCGGCUGCGGUCGUCGUCACGGCCAAGAUCGUCGAUCCCACGACCAAGGAGGUUUUGUCGAGGUUCUUAGUCUACCCUGAACCGUACAAGUUCUUGGUCCUGCCUGACGAGAAGGCUGUCAACUUGGACGUCAAGGUCGAUGUGGCCAAGGGAGAGAUCACGGUCCAAGCCGAGCGACCGGUCAAGGGGUGGACGCUUUGGUUCUCGGACGACGUCAAGCUGAGUGACAACGCCUUGGAUCUCAUCCCCGGCGACAAGAGGGUUGUCAAGGUUACCGGAUUGAAGGAGACGACCAAGGUCUCAUGGCGAUGUGAGUUGAUUUGUGACGACUGCUUCUCACUUUUGACGCUGACAUUUUACUUGAAAUCAUCAUCACUACAGACCUCGGAGACAAGUAUGUACCUUAA